UUUUUCCUUAUGCAGAUAGAAAUAUCGUAAUUGCUUACUAAGAACAGAAGUUAAUAAUAAGGGAAGUUUUGAUCUCAUAACUUUAAACAUCUGAAGAACAUCAGGAAAAUAUGACAACAAGUAUGGAACAAUUUAAGGAUCUUUUUUCCGCAGGAGAUCCCAUGAUACGAGAAAAGUUUCUGCUCAAGACUAUAACCCCUAUGAUUACCAUCGUCAGCAGUUACGUCUUCUUUGUGAAAGUAAUUGGUCCGGCAAUCAUGGAGAAGAGAAAGCCAAUAGAUAUCAGACGGAUCAUGAUAUUCUACAAUUUUUCAUUGGCAUUCUUUUAUGUGUAUCUAAUUGUAAAAGGUGUACAGUUCGUUCCUAAACUAGGAUUUUCAUUUUUCUGUGGAGCUUUAGAUUCCCAAAAUCCUGUAGUAGCUGAUUUUUUUGCUCUAGGAUAUGAAAUGUAUGUCGUAAGAUAUAUAGAGUUACUAGAUACAGUAUUUUUAGUUUUAAGUAAAAAAUUCAACAUGAUCACACCUCUACACGUAUUUCAUCAUGCUGUUGUUCCAAUUUUUGGAUGGCUGGGAUUCAGGACCGAAACAAGUGCAUACCUUUCAGUAUUUAUAGGCAUUAAUGGAUUUGUCCAUGUCGUCAUGUACACUUAUUAUGCCAUAGCUUCUUUGGGACCAUACUACCAGAAAUAUCUUUGGUGGAAAAAAUAUUUGACGUCUUUGCAAAUUCUCCAGUUUCUAUUUAUGACCCUCUACCUCCUGUUUAUGUCUGCCAUCGGUUGUAUCACAUCCAAGAUCACCUUCGCUAUUUGCGUUUUUUUGAAUGUUUUCUUCUUUUUCCUGUUUGUUAAUUACUACCGUCGAACAUUUUUAACAGAUGAGAAUAAAGAAAAAUGACAUGAACAGUAAAAUAAUAUAAAAUUUAUUUUGUUUUGUUCUAUAACAUAAUUUAAAAGAAAUAAAACUUAUUUUAUUUUA